GAAGAACUAAAUUAACAAUGUGUAGUUAUUUUGAUAAAGUAUGGUGUAUUUUUUACGAUACGCACUAGUGGGUGAUUUAUUUAUUACGACGGCCAUGCUUUCGUCGGGAAACAGAUCGGAACUAACAAGUACGGGUAGUUAGUUGUUUCCAUCAGGGACAACGGAACACAUUGUCACUUCAAAAUGGCGGACCAAGAUGAGGCUGUGAGAGAGUUCGUUGCGGUAACUGAUGUAGACGAGGAGCGGGCCCGAUUUUUCUUAGAGUCAGCCGACUGGGAUUUGCAGCUUGCCUUGGCCAGCUUUUAUGAAGAUGGUGCAGAUGAUGAUAUUGUGACCCUGCCUCCACCUGAUGGUGGUUCCGUUUCUCGCUCUACAGGUCCCAGUGAGCACCGAGUAACAUCCUUCAGAGAUCUGAUGCACGAGGAAGAUGAGGAGAGUGAUGAGGAAGGCCAAAGGUUCUAUGCGGGGGGCUCAGAGCGCAGUGGGCAGCAGAUUGUGGGUCCCCCCAAGAAGAAGAGCUCUAAUGAAGUGGUGGAGGACCUGUUCAAAGGCGCGAAGGAGCACGGGGCUGUACCUGUGGACAGAGCUGGCAGGGGCCCUGGGGAGCCGAGCCGUGCACGGCCUUUUGUGGGAGGGGGGUAUCGGCUCGGAGCUGCCCCUGAAGAGCAGUCUGCUUAUGUGGCGGGAGAGAGAAGGCCCUCCGACAGCUCACAGGAUGUGCAUGUGGUGCUGAAGCUCUGGAAGUCUGGGUUCAGUCUAGACAAUGGGGACCUCAGGAACUAUUCUGACCCCAGCAACGCCCUGUUCCUGGAGUCUAUCCGUAGAGGAGAGAUCCCCUUGGAGUUGCGGCAGAGGUCUCGAGGUGGUCAGGUCAAUCUGGACAUGGAGGACCACAGAGAUGAGGAGUUCUUCAAGCCCAAAGUUGCCUUCAAGGCUUUUGCUGGGGAGGGGCAGAAACUGGGCAGUGCGACACCAGAGUUGGUGUCUGGUGCUAGCAUGGUGGAGGGACAGCAGGACCCAGCAAUCGCUGAGGCCCAGGCCAGUGCUUCUGUGGCCAUGGACAGUGCACAGCCAGUAACCAACAUCCAGAUUCGAUUGGCUGAUGGAGGCCGGCUAGUGCAGAAGUUCAACCACAACCACAGGGUGUCAGAUGUGCGUCAGUUUAUAGUAGGAGCUCGCCCUGCCAUGGCAGCAGCAGAGUUUGUGUUGAUGACUACUUUUCCCAACAAGGAGUUGACAGAUGAGACGCAGACGCUGCGGGAUGCCAACCUGCUCAACGCUGUCAUCGUUCAGCGAAUAAAGUGACAGCGCUUUCUUUCAGACGGGCUGAACCGCAAUCUCCAUUCCCAAAUGGGAAAAUAUACGAACUUGUGGACUUCUCCAGUUCCUUUACUCCCUUAGUGAUAUAUUUUCCUCUUCAGUGGUCUGUGGAAUGUUUUCAUGGAAAUGGUGGUGGGGAUUGUGUACACCAAUGGGAGAGGAGGAAGAAACUAGAAGAUUUGUGAAUGGAUAAUUAAAGUGUUGGAUAAUUAAGCAAAUGCAAAUAAUAAAGGCUUUUUAAAGAAAUUAGGUUGCUUUUACCUCAAGGUUUAUUUGGCAGUUUGCAGUGCUACUUCUUUCUUAGUUAUUUCCUCCUCUUGUAUCGCCCACAUCACUGAAUUAACACCCCCACCCAAACACAGAGUGCUAUGUACUAAACGGGCUUAUGUUCUGCAAAUGGAUUACCACCAUCGUUGGAAACCACUGACAAGAUGAAACUAUUUUUUUAAUUAUGUUCUCUGAGUGUGUCCUAAGUCCGAACACUAAACAAGUCGGAUUUUGAUAUGGGUAACACUAGUUUUGGUUAUAUUUUUAUAAACUGAUUACUGUGCUUAAGAGAAGACACUGUCUAUUAGCAGUUUAUAAUGCAGAACAUGCAUUAUUCUGCUCUUCGCUUUGAUUGGGUGUUGUGUGUAGCCCAUGGGAAAAUAGUGGUUAAAAUCCUGCUUGUUUCAUGUUAAAUGUAUCACUUGCGUCUGAAUGUCUUUAACCGGUUUUAUGUAAUGGACGCGAAAUAAAGACAUUACUUGAAGACUU